CCAGCAUUCUUUCAAGAUGUCUACUGUCCAUGAAAUUUUAAGCAAGCUCAGCCUUGAAGGAGAUCAUUCUCUCCCACCAAGUGCAUAUGCCACAGUUAAGGCCUAUUCAAAUUUUGAUGCUGACCGGGAUGCUGCAGCCCUGGAAACAGCCAUCAAGACCAAAGGUGUGGAUGAGGUCACCAUCGUCAACAUCCUGACAAACCGCAGCAAUGAACAGAGGCAGGAUAUUGCUUUUGCCUAUCAGAGGAGAACCAAAAAGGAACUUUCUGCAGCACUCAAGUCUGCUCUGUCGGGUCAUUUGGAGACAGUGAUCUUGGGCUUGCUGAAGACACCAGCACAGUAUGAUGCCUCUGAAUUGAAAGCUGCCAUGAAGGGUCUGGGAACUGAUGAAGACACACUCAUUGAAAUCAUAUGCUCACGAACAAAUCAGGAGCUUAGUGAAAUUAACAGAGUCUACAGGGAAAUGUACAAGACAGAACUGGAAAAGGACAUAAUUUCAGACACAUCCGGUGACUUCCGCAAGCUGAUGGUUGCCCUGGCCAAGGGCAAAAGGUGUGAAGAAAGCCCUGUGAUUGAUUAUGAGCUGAUUGACAUAGAUGCUAGGGAGCUCUAUGAUGCUGGUGUGAAAAGGAAGGGAACUGAUGUUCCCAAGUGGAUCAGCAUUAUGACUGAAAGAAGUGUCCCUCACCUGCAGAAAGUGUUUGACAGAUACAAGAGCUACAGCCCAUAUGAUAUGUUGGAGAGCAUCAAGAAGGAGGUUAAGGGAGAUCUGGAGAAUGCCUUCCUCAAUCUUGUCCAGUGCAUUCAGAACAAGCAGCUGUAUUUUGCGGACAGACUGUAUGAUUCUAUGAAGGGCAAGGGAACUCGUGACAAGGUUCUGAUCAGGAUUAUGGUCUCCCGCUGUGAGGUUGACAUGCUGAAAAUUAAGAGUGAAUUCAAAAGGAAAUAUGGAAAGUCUCUCUAUUAUUUCAUCCAGCAAGACACAAAAGGGGAUUACCAGAGGGCACUGCUGAACCUGUGUGGUGGAGAGGACUGAAGCUGUGAUGGAAGAAGCCCAAAUCCAGACAUGUGCCUUUUGGGGUUUUUUUGCUCUUCAAUUUACUGUAAUCCUAGAGAAAAU